UUUCUUCGUUCUGAUUUAUGCUUGCUACAUCUUAAUAUUGCUUAGUAUUUCUUUUUGUUGCAGUGCAGUUGUGUGUAGCGAACGUAUGUACGAUGGAUCUUACUACAAUUAAACGUGACGAGACACAUGCUGAUCAUCUCCGACAAGCCUAUGGGUUUGAUAUAGAGCAGUUGCAGGAGAAGGUUAUAAUCUACCCGGUGGGAGUUGAGGAUCUUGAUUAUGAAGGAUGGAGUACUUUCCACCAUGCAGCAGCUGCUAAUGAUACUGAGAUAUUGGAAGACGUGAUAAACCAAGAUGGUUUCUGUCAUCUUGAGUCCAGAACAGACAUAUCAGAUGGCUGCAACAUGACACCUCUACUUUGUGCGGUUAAAGGCAACGCUGUGGAAACCUUUAAUAUACUCAUAUCAAAUGGUGCUGAUAUUGCAGCUAAAGAUCUGAAUGGUCAUGGCGUAGUGGAAGUGGCGGUGUCGUUUGCUAGCAUCGAUGUCUUUGAGCAUCUUCUUGUGCAUAGAUACGAGCUAAAAGAUCUUGAUGUAUGGCAGGGGCUACUCUCCAUGCUCUUCACGAGGGACGGAGAAGAGACAAAAGCAAACACUGACUUCAGACACUCUGCUUUACAGAUGACUGAGAUCUUAAUGAACCGGGAACCGCGUUAUGUUGAGAGCUUUAUACAAAAGGGAGGGUUGGGCUCCAUUAGAGAUUUGUCGGCAGCCUGUGCUGAUAGAAAGAGAAUGAAGUUGGAUAAGGAGGCAGUCACUGAAUAUAGCAAGCUCAAGCUGAUAGAACAGGAGGAGCAAGAGGAAAGAUUAGACCAGGUGUAUUUAAGAACUUUAAAGACAUUGGAAGGGAUUCUGAAACAAAUGACAGUGGAGCAAGGGAAGAUUCUGUCUUCUCACUACAAAGAGAUUAUCAUGUCUCUUGUAAGGAUCAUGAAUAAAGGAAGUACAGAUGUUGAGUCCCAAGAGGAGUCCCAGUUGGCAGGGCAAUGUCUGCAGCUGAUAGCUGGAGCAGAUGAGUGGGGUGUGGUCUGUCUUGCUAAGAGUUGUACUAUUACCCAGAUACUGAGGAGUAUUCUGUUAGAUCCGUACUCUCUCAUACAGUUCCAGAUCAUCAAGACAGCCUAUAGCGAGAAUCCGACGACGUUACUGGACAACAUAUCGUCCUCUGAAAUAGAAGUUAUGCUAACCAUUAUGGAAACAGAAAAACGAACAGAUAUUAAGAAGUUUUUCAUUUCUCUUCUGAAAGAUUUCUUUAAAAGCGGAAAGUCAAAGCACCACUUGUACGGGGAUAGUGGGAUUGAAACUUUACUAUCAGGACUGGAUGGACCAGAUACUGAAGCAACAGCUAUCAGCCUGGAUCUACUGUUACUGAUAGCAGGUGACGAGGCAGGAGUACAGGCUAUAUUCAAGUCAGCCAACAGUUUUACAUACUUAGUUAACAGGGUCAUCCUGGAAACUGAAGACAGGUUUGAUAAGUGCAUAAAGCUUCUGUGGAAGUUGAUCCAAAGUUUCAGCAACCUCCAAGAUUCAGUGAAAGUCAUUGAAAACAUCGGAAUGACGACAGUUAUCAGGAUGCUGGAUAGUCACGAUAGUGAGAUCGUGUGUAUUGCUUGUGAAGCUGUCAGAAUACUGCUCAACUCUGAUAAACACGACUACAGGGGUGACUUAGUGAGGAGAGAAGUGCACGUUAAGCUGGUGAAGCUGCUGUCAGGGUUCUCUACAGGUCACGUGUUAUACUGUGUGAUGACGUCACUAGCCUCCCUUGCUAUCUCCUGGUCCUCCCUGCACCCCGUACCAGCUGUUCAGAAUUGUGUUCUGCAGCACGACUGCCUGGGUAAGCUAGUCCAGAUCGCACACACCAGCAAGCUCAACAGUUCUAACCUGCAGAGCGCUGCAUUCCUCCUCAUUGCUGCUACUUUACUCGGGAAUCCGAUAACAGAAAAACGGUUAUCAGAACUAGAUAUUGACAUAGAGGGUGAACUUUUGAAACAGAGUAAACAUAACGAACAAUCAAUGCAGAACGCAAUAAGAGCUAUCAGCAUGUUCAGAUACCACGCCUUACUUAUGGACAAUGAUAAGUACAGGUUCAGAUGCCGGUUUGAGAAUGACACUACCGUUUCUCUAUUCAAUAUAAUCCUGGGAAAUUUAUCCAGCAAAGACAAAACAUCAAAGAUAAUGGAAAUGUUAGAACACCCCGACAUAGAAGCCUAUAUUUCCAUAGCUACACUGAGCAAGCUGAAAUCGUGUGCUGAUGACGUAGUGAAACACGGAAUUGACUUUUUAACAAAAGCUCUAUACGAAGGGAGUCUUAGAGUUCAGGAGUCAGCUGCCACUGCUAUCGCAUCUUUAUCUUAUACCAAGUCAGGAGUAAGCCAGCUACUGGUUGAAACCCACGAGGACGUUGCCCUCUUGGAGGAAGUGACCCGACUCAGUCCUAAUGUGCCUGUUUCAGACGCUCUGGUGUCCGCUGUGCAGGGUAAUUCUAUCAGGGAACACAGGAGAAGGGUUCUCAGUAAGACUAACCCUGAAAAGAGUACCAAACUUCCAGAUAUCUCAAGGUCUAAGAGUAUCGUGAUGACGUCAUCAGGUUCAACAUCCCCGAACAAGGGAAUGAGGGAGGGAUCUAAGACACCCGUCCCUGGAGACAAAAUGCUUUCGAAGGUAGAUACAGUGAAAUACGAAGAUAUAACGAGACUGGGACUGAGCCGUCCUUACUCCAAAGUAGCUCCCCUCCCCCGACUGCUAGUGGAACAGAACUCCGGGUUCAAGCCUCAAGAUCCCAAGCUGUACACAACCGUUGAUAGAAUCUACAAAAAGCUGUAUCUAAGACCCGCAACCAGUGAGAAAAGUAGACCAGCAACAGAAAGUGGGAAGAGGAACAGAGCGCAGCUGGCUAGAAGUCUUUCCUACGUUUUCUGAGUGGGAUUCUGCGAAUAGAAAUCGGAAAUUUGUUAUUUUUAGUGUGAUUUGAGACAACAUCUAAUUUGCUCCUUCAUUAAAAAAUGUAUCAUUUAAAAACCAUUCCAACAUUCUCUUUGAAUCACCCUGUAAAAUGCUAAAUUGUAGUCUCGAUUUAGUUUAAUAUUGAACUGAUUUUGUUUGUGAGAUUUAACAAUUACGGUUGAUGAAAAUGGAAUUAAUGUUUAUUAAGUGAAAAAAUAAACGGUCACAUUAUUAAUAGCCUUGCUUAAUAGUAAAAUCUUAUUUAUUCAUCAAACUCAAAAUUGCUUCGUAUA